AUGGGGAUGAGUGGCCUGCACGCAGUGAUUGUACCUUUCCCUGCGCAAGGCACCAUCAAUCCUCUCAUUAAUUUGGCCCAGUUGCUCUCUUCAAGAGGGGUUUUCAUCAGUUUCGUAAACACGGAAUGGAGUCACAAGUGCAUGUCCAAAGCAGCUCAUAAUGAUGAAGAACCCGCGUUUAAGUUUCUCACCAUUCCAGAUGGGUUGCCGCCAGAUGAUGGUCGCCUCGCCAAUCUUGGCGAGUACGUAAUCGCAAUGGAAAAUCUUGGCCCUGUCUUGGAGCAUCAUUUGCUGAGCAGCUUAGCAGACGGAAAAACUCCUCCCAUCACCUGCAUAAUAACAGAAAAUUUCAUGUCCUGCACUCAACAAGUGGCCAAAAAACUGGGAGUGCUCCGAGUGAUCUUCUGGACAUUGUGCGCUGCCUCUUCAAUUGCUCAGUGCAACGCCAACCUUCUCCUCUCCAGCGGACAUAUUCCUUUCAAAAUGGAGGAAUCGAAGAGGGCGGACAAAGUGAUCACUUGUUUGCCCGGUAAUCUUCCGCCUCUGUUGCCCAGCGAUCUGUUUUCUUUCUAUCGCGCCACCGACAUAUCGGGCGUUUUAUUCCAGUGGACCCUAAUAGGGCCUGUAUUUCUUCCCAAUUUGCUGGAAGGAAAAGAUUUGAACGGGUGUGGGAGUUUGCUGGAGCAGGACGAGAGCUGUCUGAAAUGGCUCGACGCCCAAGAGCCGGCUUCUGUGAUAUACGUUUCCUUCGGCAGCAUCGCUGUCAAAUCAAACGAACAGCUAGGGGAGCUGGCGAUGGGAUUGGAGAAGAGUGAGCACCCUUUCCUGUGGGUUUUGCGCAUGGAUAUUGCGGGAGGCGUGCCUGCAACUCUGCCGUAG